CAGAUGCAAAUUGUGUUAAGGUGCUUUUGAAAAAAAUAUUGCAUUUUUAUGUAAAGCCUCACAAUAGAGUUUAGACAAUAAAUGGCCCUAUGGGUAGGCAUAUCAAACAACAAAAUUAUGUCUGUCCUAUUAGCUGCUUUAACUUUAAGAAAACAAGAUUGCUUUCUCAAGGUGGACCAACGCCCUAAAGUUCACCAGAUUCACUCGAAACCUAUAUCUGCCUUAGCAAGGAAUAAUUUUUAUUUUAUGGAGCAAGGACAAGCAUCCAUUUCUAACGACAACUACUGCAAUUGAGAAUCUGAGAUCCUAGGGGAGUACUAGGAGCUCUCACUACUGACUCUGACUGGUUGCAAAGGUUCAACUAAAGGAAGAAAUAGGUGCUUUGAAUUAGGUCAACAGGAACAAGAUUAUUGCAAUUCUGUCCAUUGCUGCUGGUGCUCGAAUUUUGAAAAGAUUGAAUAAAACAGCUAUUGGCAUGAACAUAUUCAAGAACGUAAUUUCUGCCAAGCAUGGGUUUAGGGGAGCUGCCAAUAAGUAUUCAAAAGCAACAGGUCUUUGUUUCCUACAUUCGGUCUCAAAUUCAGUGGAAGUUCAUUCUCCAGAACAAGAAGUGGUAAUUGCUUUGGGCAGCAAUGUAGGCAAUCGGCUGGAUAAUUUCAAUGAGGCACUUCGACUGAUGAAGAAAUCAGGCAUCCAAAUUUCGCGGCACGGGUGUUUAUAUGAGACCGAGCCUGCUUAUGUGACUGAUCAGCCUCUAUUCCUCAAUUCCGCAAUCAGAGGUGUUACGAAACUUGCCCCACAUGAGUUAUUGCGUGUACUCAAGCAAAUUGAGAAGGAUAUAGGUCGAACAGAAGGUAUAAGGUAUGGUCCCAGACCUAUUGACUUGGAUAUAUUGUUCUAUGGGAACUUCAAAAUCCAUUCUGAGAGUCUCAGUGUCCCACAUGAAAGAAUCUGGGAGAGACCAUUUGUGAUGGCCCCACUGAUAGAUCUGCUUGGAUCAGCAAUCGAUUCUGAUACUGUUGGAAGUUGGCAUUCAUUUUCAACACAGAAGUGUGGGCUAUUUGAAUCAUGGGAGAAACUUGGUGGCGAGCAAUUGAUUGGAAAGGAUGGGAUGAGACGAGUAUUACCCAUUGGAAAUCGCUUGUUGGACUGGUCACAGAAGACCCAUGUCAUGGGAAUCCUGAACCUGACCCCAGAUAGUUUCAGCGAUGGUGGAAAGUUUCAGUCAGUAGAUGCUGCUGUUUCUCAGGUUCAGUUGAUGAUAUCAGAAGGAGUAGACAUCAUCGACAUUGGUGCACAAUCUACAAGACCAUUUGCCACUAGGAUAUCAGCAGAAGAAGAAUUAGAUAGACUAAUACCUGUCCUAGAAGCUGUUGGACAAAUACCUGGGGUUGAAGACAAAUUCAUAUCUGUGGAUACUUUUUACUCGAAAGUCGCUUCAGAAGCAGUAAAUAAAGGUGCCCAUCUGAUCAACGAUGUAUCUGGUGGACAGUUAGAUUCUGACAUGCUUAAGGUUGUAUCAGGUUUGAAGGUUCCUUAUCUUGCAAUGCACAUGAGGGGGAACCCAUCAACGAUGCAAAGUAGUGAGAACCUAAAAUAUGACGAUGUCUGUAAGCAAGUCAGUUCUGAAUUGUAUUCAAGGGUUACAGAGGCUGAAUCAUCAGGGAUCCCAGGUUGGAGCAUUAUUCUUGACCCUGGCAUUGGAUUUUCCAAAAAAAGUGAAGACAAUUUAGACCUUCUUAUGGGUUUACCUUCCAUUCGAGAAGAGAUUGGUCUGAAGAGUCUGGCGGCUUCUCAUGCACCAAUUUUAAUAGGACCCUCUAGAAAAAGAUUUUUGGGUGAUAUUUGCAAACAACCAGAUGCUAAUAGGAGAGACCCAGCAACUAUAGCGGCAGUCACAGCUGGGGUUUUGGGGGGUGCAAACAUGGUACGGGUACACAAUGUUCGGGAUAAUCUGGAUGCCGUGAGACUUUGUGAUGCAUUAUUGAAGCAUAGAAAAAGUUGAUGUACAGGUUGUGCAAGUAAUUUUCUUGUUCUUUUUGUUGUUGAAUAGGUGAGUUAGUGUAGAUUCAGUUCAAUUUUGCGAGUAUCUUGCGUCUUUGGUUUUUCCCGUUCUUUUUUUGCAGCUAAAGCCUAAUUCCAAGUAAUGGAAAUAGCAAAAACGUUCUUGUAAUGUUGUCAGUUUUCCUCUGCUUUUAGAGGGAUUAAAAUCACUUCUUACCUC